AUGGCCAGGCCCGAGAAGGCUGUGCUAGCCCGUCCUUGGAGAGAAGCAAUCCCAAGCCACCCCUCUCCUCAGCCAGUGUGGCGCCGUGGCUGGGAUGGUGGCAGGCAGGUGGGGACACUGCAGGACUCUGUCCCGUCCACAGGGGUUCAGGCAGCCGCCGCCAGGCCCAUCCGCUUGCCCAACCUGAAGGGCAGCUGCCUCGACCACCCCCUGCACCAGGGGCUCCUGCACCCCUCGCGGUGCCUUUGCAGCCCCUCCUCUGCUCCAGCUCCCAAGUCGAAGAAGCCCAAGAUGCAGGCCGCCGGAGACAUGUUCCCCAGCGACUGGAGCCCGCCGCCCGUGGAGUUCCUGAAGCGGAGGACCGUGCCGGCUGACAGCGGGGCCCCAGCCCAGAGGCUGGCAGGCACGGCAGGGCCUCGGGGCCUGAGGAGACUGGCCCACCAGCUGCCCGAGGAGUCAAAGCAGGAGCCCCAGGACCCAGACCCCGUGCGGGGUCUGGCCUCACUGGAGGAGCCGUUCUGGAGCACGGCAGGCACCAGCCCAAAGGCUGCAGCGCCACGGGUGGACGCCCGCACCUCGCUCGCCUCUGGGGGCUCCGAGUGCUACGUCAACAGCUUGGAUUACUUACUGCAGGAGAAGAGGGAACAGGCCCUGGAGCAGGAGCGAGAGAAGCUGCUUCUGCAGGACUGUCUUGACCUCAAUUCCUUGGAUCCUGAUGAAGAAGUGCCGCUCACACCAGAGCACAGGAAGCUGGUGGAGAGGUUCUCCGUGUCACUGCAGGUCAUCCCAGCAGUACAUCCAGGCGAGACUGUGUUUCUACCCCGGCAUCACCCUCUGCCCUGCAUCCUGGACUGUUCACACCUGAAGCCACGGAGCCGCCUGGAAGAGCUGUUCCUCAGCUCCCCGCUGGCCCAGCAGCUCUCCUUCCUGCGCAGUGGCCUCCUGAGCAGCCUCUACCUGACCUCGGGCCACCACCCCGUGCCACUGCUCCGGUGGCUGUUCCAGUGCUCGACAGACGCAAAGUCGGGCGUCGGAGGCACAAAGAGCCGGUCUGAGAUGUCGCCCACAGAGGGUCCUUGUGUGACCCUGACACGGCGUGGAGGCCUGCUGACAUGGCCUCCAGAAACUUCUUUGGGAGCCUUUGUUCUCCUGUGGGACCUCAGCGUGGACGGACUCUUCCGUCAGUCUGAUCCAUGUCACCGGGGCCAAGUCCAGGCUGACUUCACAGACUUAGGAUCCCGGAACAGUCUGGAAGAUGCGGACACGAGCUUGUGGUGCCCCUCGCUGCAAGAGGUCACGGCUGCGUUCCACAGCCUGGGUGCCCACAGCCCUGCUUUGCAGCCCCCGGGUCCCCUCCAGCACGGUGGGAGCGAGCUUCAAAGUGAGGCUAGCCUGAGCCGGAGGGAGCAGCAGGACACCCCGCAGGAGACGGCCGUGGACAGCAGCCUGAGCUGCAUCUGUAAGUUCCUGACGCUGUGCGCGCUGGCCCAGCCAGGGGCCUACACCGAUGGGAGCCUCUUGGGCCUGAUUGAGCUGCUGUGCCGAGCCGGCUUGGACGUGGGGCUCCGCCUGCUGCCCAAGACCGACCUCCAGCAGCUCCUGCUCCUGCUCCUGGACAACAUCCAGGAGUGGCCAGGGAAGCUCCGGCCGCUGUGCUGUGCCCUGAGCCGGGCAUCUGAUCACCACCACAACCUGCUGGCGCUCGUGCAGCUCUUCCUGGACGUGACGCCCCGGAGCAGGCAGCUUCGACGCCAGCUCAGCCUCGUGAUCAUUGCCCGGCUGCUGGACCAGCAAGAGACGCUCCCUCUCUGGCAAGAGAAGGCCCAGGCUCUGCACCAGGAGACGACCUCGGAGGAGAGGGUGUGA